AAGCACUACAAAUCGUGACCAAAAGUCAUAUUUCUGUUUGCUUUAGGUAACGCUGAUUUCACAAUGGGCUCCAUCAGUGCAGCAAAUGCAGAAUUUUGUUUUGAUGUGUUCAAAGAGGUGAAAAUUCAGCAUCCCAAUGACAACAUCUUUUAUUGCCCCCUGAGCAUGAUUGCAGCCUUGGCCAUGGUCUAUCUGGGAGCAAGAAAUAACACUGAGUAUCAGAUAGAGAAGGUUCUUCACUUUGACAAAAUUGCAGGACUUGGAAGUAUCCAGAGCAAGUGUGGCAAGUCUGUGAAUAUCCACCUACUGUUUAAAGAAAUUAUCUCUGAUAUCACUGCACCAGAAGCCAAUUAUUCACUGCACAUUGCCAACAGACUCUAUGCUGAAAAGACAAGUCAGAUCCUACCGAGCUACUUAAAAUGUGUGAAGAAACUGUACAGAUCUGGUCUAGAAAUGGUCAACUUCAAAACAGCAUCAAAUCAAGCCAGACAGCGCAUUAAUUCCUGGGUGAAAAAUCACACAAAUGGACAGAUCCGGGAUUUCCUUGAACCAAGCUCUGUUAAUCCUCAGACUGUGCUGGUCCUUGUGAACGCUAUUUACUUCAAAGGGAUAUGGAAGACCGCAUUUAAAGAAGAACACACUCAGAAAGUGCCCUUCAAUGUGACUGAGGCCAAUCUCUCUGGCAUCUCUUCAGCAGAGAGACUGAGGAUAUCUGAGGCCAUCCACGAGGCAUACAUGGAAGUCACUGAAGAGGGCACUGAGGAGGCUGGGUCAGCAGAUGACACAGAAGACAUUGAACAUUCUUCUGAGUUUGAAGAGUUCAGGGCUGACCACCCAUUCCUUUUCUUGAUUAAACACAAUCCAAGCAACCUGAUCCUCUUCUUUGGUAGAUAUUGUUCUCCCUAA